CAGUACCGUGUCCCUUUAAAAACGUCUGACAAAAAGCCCAUAUGAUCCCCGAGCUCCAAUCACCAAUUCCUUCUGCAAAAGCAGCCUCUGCAUUUUUGUCUGUCUGAAUGCUACAGUAGCACGGGGGGGGGGAAAGAGAAAAGAUUGAGGAUAAGGCAAAAACUGGAGAAAUGUGAGAAAUUCAACGGUCAUUUUCAUGGCGAAGGAAAAACUGGUGCGAAAGGAGUUAUUCUGGGACUCCUUUGAGCCUCGAAACGCUGGAUCAAAAUGCUCAUAGUGGAGAAGACCACAGACUUCCCCUCUGCUGAGUUCUCUCUGGUGGAGGAUGUGGCUCUGCACUUCACCUGUUUGAUGGACAGGCUGAAUGAGCAGCGCCUCUUCCAGCCUGACCUGUGUGACGUUGACAUCGUUCUGGUGCGUCAGCACAGCACCUUCCCAGCUCACAAGGGCGUGCUGGCGGCCUACAGCCCUUUCUUCCACUCCCUUUUCGCCCAAAGCAAACAGCUGCGACGGGUGGACCUGUCGCUGGACGCCCUGACAUCACAGGGCCUGCAGCAAAUCCUCAACUUCAUCUACACCUCCAAACUGCUGGUGAGCAGCCGCACUGUCCGUGACGUGCUGAACGCUGCUACGCUGCUUCAGAUGAGCGACAUCGCAGCUUCCUGUCGUGACCUCAUCAGCAGCCACUCGCUGAGAACCACCUGCGUAGAUAUGGCCAAUCAGGAUGGGCUUAGCAGCGGUGACCCAGCUGCUGUGGCGAUGCCCCCCAGCCAGCUGUACCGGGAGAUCAAACAGGAGUCAGAGCUGGGAAGGGUGUACACACGGGAGGGUAGCAGCCCGUUUUCUGUUAGAGUGGAGGAGGCGGGCAAAGCAUCUUCCCAGCCGAAGCAAUACUACCAGAAGGAGGAGGGGUCCGGAGGUUCGGCCGGCACAGGUGUGGCCACUUUGUGCAAAGUUGAGGGCAACGGGGAGGAGUCAAAGACCACAGAGGGCCAUGCUUCCUUCAACAGAGAUCAGAUCAUCGUGGAAGUCAACCUCAACAACCAGACUCUCAAUGUGUCAAAGGGGUCAGAGGGCAAAUCAGCAACCGCCACAGAGACGGCCACAAUGUUUGGUCAUUGCUGUGACAACAAGAGAGAUUCAGAGGAUGAUGAUGAGAAUGAGGCAGAGAAUGAUGACACAGUUGGAGAAGAGGAUGUUGAUGACCUAAAGAGGGCAGAUAUACUGGGGCAGAGCAGCGAAGAGGAAGAUGAGGAGGAGGAUGAGGAAGAGGAAGAGAACACCCUCAACAUUCCAGGUUUGGAGCAGCCGGCCAUGAUGGAUCGACCUCGCAGGGGCACCAGAGCGUUGGCCAUGGCGGGUACAACUGCCUCCAUGCGGCAGACGCUCACGGAGGCCACGCUGGCCAACCAGCGGCAGGGUGGGAAGAGGACGCUGGACGCAGAGGGCCUGGGCCAGAAAGUGAGGCUGGAGGAAAAGCAACAUUUCCCGUGUAAGAAAUGCCCUCGCGUCUUUAACAACCGCUGGUACCUGGAAAAACACAUGAACGUCACUCACAAUCGCAUGCAGAUCUGCAAUAACUGUGGGAAACGCUUCCUGCUGGAAAGCGAGCUGCUGCUGCACCAACAGACCGACUGUGAGAAGAGCAUCCAGUGUGUAACAUGUGGCAAGGCCUUCAAGAAGCUGUGGUCGUUACACGAGCAUAACAAGAUCGUCCAUGGCUACGCCGAGAAGAAGUUCUCCUGCGAGAUCUGUGAGAAGAAGUUCUACACCAUGGCUCAUGUCAGGAAGCACAUGGUCGCCCAUACGAAAGACAUGCCGUUCACCUGUGAGACGUGCGGGAAGUCGUUCAAGCGCAGCAUGUCCCUGAAGGUUCAUUCUCUGCAGCACUCAGGAGAGAAACCCUUCAAGUGUGAGAACUGUAGCGAGCGCUUCCAGUAUAAAUACCAGCUGCGUUCCCACAUGAGCAUCCACAUCGGACACAAGCAGUUCAUGUGCCAGUGGUGCGGAAAGGACUUCAAUAUGAAACAGUACUUCGACGAACACAUGAAAACACACACUGGAGAGAAGCCGUACAUCUGUGAGAUCUGUGGGAAAAGCUUCACAAGCCGGCCCAACAUGAAGCGCCACCGCCGCACGCACACCGGGGAGAAGCCGUAUCCCUGCGAGGUGUGCGGCCAGCGCUUCCGUUUCUCCAACAUGCUCAAGGCCCACAGGGAGAAAUGCUUCCGCGUCAGCAACCCCAUGGUUACUGACGGCAACGACCCCCUCGGUCUCGAUCAGCCUCUGGCCUCGCCCACCGUGGACUCUUCCGGUCAGGUCCAGCUGGGGACGGCACUCCCCGCCGCCCCGUCUGUGACCACACCCGCUGCUGCCUCUAGCCCCCACCCCCUUCAUGGCACCCAGCUGUCUCUCCCCCUGCUGCACUCCAUGGGGGGGCUGCCUCCCACCCCACAUUUACCCCCUCCACCUCCCCUGUUCUCUGCCGGUAGGAUGAACUCCAACAACUAACAAAUCUCUGUAGCAUCAAAAGCACUUUGUUACUUUUGUUUUAUUAUUUUUCUUUGAGCUUUUCAGAGGACUCCUGCAGAGGAAGUGCGAUGCACCUCAGUGAUAUUUACACCGAGGGGGGAAAAAACUGAAUGACGGCUACAUGAAGGCCUCAUUUUGAAAAAAAAACACAUACACCUACAGUACCACAAUAAGAAAUAGUUAUUUUUUACUCUGUCGAAUACAAUAGAUAACCUCAGAGUCCAGUAGGACGUGUCGUCACCACGCUUCUCCUCAUGAUUUUCACAACCCUGUUCUGGUUUUAUUUGGGAUUUUCCGACACCACAUGCAUCUCUCCAGAGCCUUGCACAAUGCGUUGAUUGUAGCAUAAGUGGGAGGAAGAGUUUCCUAGAUCUUCGCUCAUACGGGGGUCAUCUGUCAAGUGAGAACCACACGAUGAUGAAAAAAAAAAAGUUUUAUUUUUAUUCUCUGCCAAGAUGUAGCAAGUGGUUCUGGUCUGACCCAGCAAUAACCAAAUGCUGAUUUGUCUUUGAGCAUAUACAUGUAUAUGGCAUUGCCAAUAACCAAAUCCUGUUAGCUCACCUGCUAUAGUUAGGUAAUGUUAUACAGCAUUUAUAAUCAAUCCUGCACCUUACAUUUAACUCUAGUGAUAUUUAAAAUGUACUCCUAACUGUCUCCAUUUUUAUAAUUGUGAUCGUGUGUAAUUUGUGGCACGUUAACGUCAUUUGUGAGGACAAAAGAGAAGUUGUGACACGUUGAGAGUCGGCCGUGCAAUGCAGUGUGUGGUGUUUGUGACGGUUUGUGUGUGUGUGUGUGUGUGUGCGCGCACGUGUGUGGUUGAGAGAGAUGUGAAGCAGAGACAAGUAAAAGUGCUGUCGGAGAUGAAAUCUACACUCAGCCAACCAACGCUUGAGCUUCCUUAAGUCAGGAGAUGGAAUAAUUUGUUGACUCUCAUCUUUUGCUUACAUUAAGCAAGUGCGCCUCUCUCCUGUAGAUCUGGCUUUGAGAAGCUAUGGCACUUUUCUGUGACUUGUUAGCAAAACCUAAUGUACUCAAACCUACAGCAUAUUUAUAGGUUUAAAUCUAAUGUUAAUGUUACAGCUCAUUUCCCAGCUAAACCCAAUCUGUGUCAUUUGUGCAGAAUACAGAGAGUGUAGGAAUAGAAAAAUUCACAACAACCCGCUUGUGUAGCUGAAUUAAGUGUGCACAUUUCAUCUUGAUGUGAUCCAUAGUGUAAAAUGAUAAACACUACAUUAUAUUCCAAUGCCUAAAUCUCUAAAAGAGUGCUGACAGUGAUUACUUUUGGCACAAUAGAGCUCAUCACUAAAAGGGCUCCUUUCGAUUACAUCACUAUUAUAAGAUAGUGGACCUUUGCUGAAACGGUGAGUAGAAGCUGAAUAAAGCUAAUGAAAUGCAGUAUAUAAUACCCAUCAAAAACUUGUGGCUCUAUGUGCACUUUUGACAAUAGUUUGUCAUAAAUCUACUGGAGUAGAACUAAAAAAAUCAUAAUGAAAUAUCUGUCAGUUAAAAUCUCUUAAAGUUAUAAUUCAGCCUUUUGGGAAUUACGCUUAUUCGUUGUCUUGCCGAGAGUUAGAUGAGAAAUUUGACUCCACUCUCAUAUCUAACAAGGACGAAGAUAGAACUAGCAGCUGGUUAGCUUAGCUUAGAAACAGCUAGCCUGGCCCACAAAAAAAAAUCCACCUUCCAGCACCUAAAGCUCACUAUUUAACACAUUAUAUCCGUACAAAAAAAAAAAACCUGUAAAAAUGACAAUUUGUGGUUUUACAGGUAGUUCUUCAGUUUUUACUUAGUGAGCUAAAGACCGGAAACAGCUAGCUUGGCUC